UGUUCAGGUAGUAAUAUAAUCCGACAAGCCUAUGUCUCUCAUUUUUUCAAUAGUCGCCGCGUGCGGACCUUUAUCGAAGGCUUUGAAAAAAAUUAUAUAGAUCGUGUCGUGUCGGUUUCCGGUAUUUGAGCCAAUCAGUCCAUUCACAAGCGUUACCAUUUUCUCGAGAAUCUUACCUAGACAAUUCAGCGUUGUUGGAUUAUAUGUGUGUACAGGGUUCAUCAUUUUCGAAACAAUGGACGCAGUGGUUCACACCCAUAGGAAAAAAAAAUCAAAUUUCAUUUAUUUCCAGAGACGAUUUUCAUUAAAGAGACGAUUUUCGUUCAGUUGUCAUUGUUUGGGAUCGGUUCUUGGGUUUCGGUUCUCAAAUGUGGACUGUAUUCAAUUGCACUUGGUUUGGCCGAAUGAAAAACACUGUUUAAACUCUUAACAAUAUUCUGUAUUAGUUCUAAGUUUAUAACACGUUAGCAAAAAUAACUUUUAACACUUUGUCGGGUCGGUACGCAAAACUAAACUUCGAGUCAAAAACACGUCGUUUCGGUAGGCAAAAAACUAACUAAAUGAACUUUCAUCGUAUCGCACGCGUAUCGGCGCUCGGAUUUGUCGUUGUAUAUGUGUGUUCGCGAUUCUACUUUUCCUGUGGGUGUGGCUUAUAUUUCGGUUUCAUUUGCUCGGCGUUAGAUCGAACAGUCAUCAGUCGAAAAUGGUUCCAAUUUAUCAUUUGAUUUGAUUCUUUUUCAUAUUCGGAAACAAUAUAUACAUUAGGACUGAACGAUCUUUAAAAAAGAUCGAUCUUGACGGAUCGAUUUUCCAAAUGGCGUAGGGAUCAAUUCACUGAUCACUGAUAAAUCGGAGCCAGAGAAUCGAUCUGAAUCGACCUUUGGAAAAUCAUAUGCUUUUUUUUAACUUAUUUACUUACUCUAUAUAAAAGUUAUCUUUUCUUAAAACAUGGAAUAGACAUUUCACAUUUCUAUUCAAACGUCAUUCGAUUCUCUGCUCGAAGAUUACUUAGAAGACUUGAAAACUUAAAUUUUCAAGAGCAUUUGUUUUGUACCGUCAUGAAAUCAUUCAAUGAAAUAAAUUAAUUGAAAAUAAAUAAUUAGAAAUUCAACAACUGAUAUUCAUAGUCUGGCGUUUUGUCGAAUUCUUGGCAGUAGUUCCUGUUCUAGAAAAGAAAAAAAGAAAUUUCGUCACAAUUUUCGCUGUCAGCCUAGCAAAUGUGAUGGUGUAAAUAUUAAAGUUGUGACCACUUGUUUUGUAGUGAACAAACUUACAAAACUGUUUCUCCUAAAUUGUAUGACCAUUAAUUUAACAUUUUUGAAAGGAAUUCAAUGUUUAUAAAAUUAGUCAGGAGGUUUCUGGUGAGAUUGAAAUCAAUGUUCACUGAAAAAAAAUGAACAAAAAAAUUUCGAUCGAAAAGAUCAGAUAGAUCGAUUUUCGCGAUUUUUUGGAGUACAAAGAGUCAAUCCAAAAAAUUCAGAGAAGAAAAGAUCGAUCUUCUAAAUAUCGAUCCAAGAUCAACCAAUCCUAAUAUACAUGGUCCCCCGAUAAUUCCAUCAAAAUUCAAAUACAUUUUGCUAUCGAUAGUCAGUUUAUCAUUAUGCAUUCGUCAUAACGUUGUUAAGCAUUUGUUUAUUUCAAUUCUGUUUGAAAACGGAACAUUAUGUAUCGCAUCAACAGGUGUUAAAACACCCACGCACUUUCAGCCAAACAACCGUUGCCACAGUCGUCGGUCGAAUCUUAUCUAUCGAUUCAAAACAGUUCCAUAGUGUCAUUGCGAAAAUUGUGUUAAGCGUUUACCGAGCCGAGCCCGCUGGUUCAUCGCCACCGAGAAAAAUGUCAAACCGUACGUUCAACCUGCUGUGGACCAGCUCCCAGAAGGAUCUCGAGAAACUCGCGGUCAACGAUUUCGAGUAUCAGGCAAUCGAGGCGCAGCACGAUCGCACGGAAAUCCAGGGACAGGUUUACGAGCUAUACCUGCGCUACAUUGUGAUCUCCAACCGGCUGGAGGAAAUUUACGACCAAAUUGUCCAGCCCCAGAAGCGGAUUCUGAUCCGUAAGCUGCUGGACAAUUGCUUGGGGCGAGUGUUAGAACUCAAGCAUGAUCUGGUCAUUAUCGACAUGAUGGAGUUUAGCUACAAUGAUGGUGUGGUGGAGAAACUUGGACUGACGCCACUCAGCAUGGAGAUCAACGUGCCCAAAUAUUUCCGGAGGGAGAAGGAGGAAAUGCUGAACGAGAGAAAGAAGUUUAUGGAUGACAUUUUAAGAAGAAUUGGAGCACUGGACGAGGAAGUUAUUGAGGAGGAACUGUCCGAGCUGGAUGCAAUCAAGAUCAUACAGACACACGAGCGUGCCAGACAGGGAAGAUUGAGAGCUCAGUUUAUGAAGGAAUUGAAGCUCUUGAAGGAGAAAGGUAAGCCUGAUAGUAGUAGGGACAAAUCCACGACCGGACUGAAUGCGGCGAUGAAGAUUCAAAAAGUUUGGCGAGGAUACGCGACAAGGCGCCAAACACGACGAAGAAAGAUGGAAGAAAUGAUCCUGAUCGGAAUGAUACCACCUCAGGUCACGACAACGCGAUCAGCGAUUGACGAACUGGAAGAAGCCAAAAUGUUGCGUUAUGUGCAGCAGCAGGAAUUUCAGGAGGAAUACGAUAAAUCGUUGAUCCGCGUGAAGGAUGAAAUUUACACGAAGCAGGGUGCUGCCAUGAAGGAGGACAUCGCCGAUGAAAUCCGUACCUGGUUUAAGGAAUUCCAGAAGAGAACUGGUCGUUUGCCGGAUUUUCCAUCGGAGGAAGCCGGUGGAUCCCGCCAUCUGUUGAGUCGACAGGCUACAGAGAGUGAGAUGAGCCGGUCGUCCGUGAUGUCCUCUCGGGAGAGUAAAUUAAAAUCCGCCAAAGAUUCGAAAAUUCAACAGAAGCGACCUGGGGAGGUUUCGCUCGAGGAAGGAUUAGAUAAAGCGUUCAAGCCAAUGCAAUCUGCGUUUCUUCCGGAGAUAAAAAAUGGUAUCGAUGAGUACAUUGAGAUUUGGAAGGGUAAGGAUGAGUCUCAUAAUUUAAGACAAACGUAUUACGACGAUAUGAUUUAUGAGGAAAAGUACACUGACGUGGAAACGGAACUGCGGAGAAUUGUGGAUGACAUAAUGCGGCAGGAGUUGGAUCUGCUGCAGGUUGCGUUGGAUAGAGAUCGAGCCCAGAAAGGAAAGAAAACCAAGAAGGGCAGUAAGAAGGCACGUCGAAGUGGCAAAAAGGGCAAGAAGAAACGUGAGAAAGAUUUGACCCCGGAUCGCACGACGGAGUCUCUGUUUGAGGAGUUGCUAACGAACGGGAUUAUCAAGAAGUUUCCCGAAACUCCAAUAAAUUCGUUUGUGGGGGAUUUGAGCUAUGCUGCUCGGAGUGCGCUCAAUCCUUCACCUGGAGAUGUUCGUCACCUCAUCAAACAGUACUGCAUCCUUCCACUGGGUUCUGAAACCAUCCGUAAUUUCGGACCGUGCAUAAAGUCACUGCUAAUUGCCGGUCCCAAGGGUUCUGGAAAAACUUCUCUAAUUCACGCAAUCUGCACAGAGACUGGAUCGGUUCUGUUCGACAUAAGUCCGGCGAAUAUCGCUGGCAAAUAUCCGGGGAAAUCCGGGUUGAUAAUGCUGAUGCAUUUGGUAUCGAAAGUUUCUCGACUGCUCCAACCUUCGGUCAUUUAUUUUGGAGAUGCCGAGAAACCAUUUAUGAAAAAGAUACCUAAAACCGACCGAACCGAUCCAAAGCGUCUGAAGAAAGAUUUGCCAAAAUUGAUGAAAAACAUAAACCCGGAGGAUCGAAUCAUGCUGAUUGGAACGUCCAAUUGUCCCUGGGAGGGCGACAUGAAGCUAAUGGUGCAAACGUAUCAGCGUUUCAUCUACAUUCCGCGACCGGAUUAUGGUGCACUUUCGUACGCUUGGAAGGAGCUGUUGAGCCACUAUAGUGGCGUCCCGAGACAGUUUGACACGGGAGCCAUGGCAAAGGUUUCGGAUGGUUACACGAUUGGUUCGGUGGUGAGGUGCAUUCGCGAUGUGAUCACCUGCAAACGAAUGCUGCAACUGCGAACACAACCGCUGACACAUCUUGAGCUGAUUAAUGCGUUAAGUGCGUUGGAACCCGUUUACAAGGAGGAAGAGGAGGCAUUCAUGUACUGGUGGUGUAAGACUCCGCUGGGAAGACGACGCUCGAAGCAGAUGGAGAUGGAACACGAAGCACGGAUGGAGAUCGAGAAUGUGAACAAGAAGAAGAAAUAAUGACAGUCGAUAUAUUUCAUAUGUUUUUCUUAUUAAUUAUUUUAAAAUAAAUUCUAUGUUUGGUGUGACUAUAACUAUGAGAAAAAUUUCAGUCAAGUGAUGUAUUCUGAUUGUGAUACAUACUUACUAAAACAUAUCAUUCCU